CCCCGGAGCGAGGGGCGGCGGGUCCAUGGGGCGCAGGCGGCGGCGGGCGCGGGCCGGGCGAGCGCUGGGGCUGGCGGGGGCCGCGCUGGGAAUAGCCGGGCUGGGGCUGGGGCUGGUGCUGGCGGCCUGGGCCUGGGCCCGGAGCCCCCCGAGGGAGCUGCCGGAGGAGAUGCCGGGUGCGCUGGAGCUGCUGGUGCCCCCUGUUGGCCGCAGCCCCCAGGGCUGGUUCCUGCAACACCUGGACCAAGAGGAAGCACCGCGGGAGAGGAGAUCGGUGUCCAGGGGGAAGAGGCCUCGCUCAAAACCUGUUGCUGCGCACUAUAAAGUGCAAUUGCCAAAGGACCCAGCUGGGAUCAAUUCAGGGCCUGACGGGACCAUCCGGGGCUGGGAGGAGACGCUCAAUGCCACGAAACCCUUGAACUACAAUCCGGCCAGCGGGGAAUUUGACGUCCUCCGGAAGGGCCUGUACUACCUGUACUGCCAGGUGCAUUUCAACGAGGGGCGGACAGUGUACAUCAAGCUGGACGUGGUGGUGGACGGGGUGCUGGCCCUGCGGUGCCUGGAGCAGUUUCCCCCGACCAGCGCCGGCCCGCAGGACCCCGAGCUGCAUGUCUGCCAGGUCUCCGGGCUCCUGCUCCUCCAGCCGCACUCAGUCCUUCGCCUCCGCACCAUCCGCGACGUGAGGCUCAAGGCUGAGCCCUAUCUCACCUUCUUCGGCCUCUUCCAGCCGGGGCCGUCUGUCGAGCAAAACAGCCGUGAACCGGUUUGUCACGGGGUGCGAGAAGGGGAGCGGAGUCCUGGGCAGCUAGACGCAUUACCAGCUGCCAAAAAGGGGCAGCUUAUAAAGGCGGAGACGGCUGCUGGUAGACGGCGCCCGGAGGGAGGCCAAAUUCCAGGCGACAGCUGCCCCCCCGCAUCGGGGCUGGGGGGAGCCGCGAACAUAAACCUGGCACCGACCUUCAGCGUUCGGCGAGGAGGCGGAAACAGCCCGCCUCCCUGGGAAAACCCCACAUGGCAGAAAGGAAUGUGCAGAGCGACCCAAUUACUGCCGGCGCUGGGAGUGGAGUGGGGCCUAGUGGGGCCCGGGGAGCUGGAGCCCCCCCUGGCUGCGGGGGUCCAGGCCCCCAUGGUUUGGCGAAGGGGGAAAAGGGGCUCUGAGGGGAAGUCAAGGCAGCAGGACCAGCGGCACCAACACAGGAAACGCUCGGUUCUGCACCUGGCCCCCAGCCAUCGCUCCACCAACAAUGAGGGGGACAUGACUGAGAUCUGGUGGCAGCCUUUCCUGCAGCAGGGCCCAGCGCUGGAAGUGAGUGGUCCGGACGUGGCCGUGAAGCAGACGGGAUUGUACCUCGUCUACAGCCAGGUGCUGUUCCACGACCCCACGUUCACCAUGGGACAGGUGCUGUGGCGGGCGUCGGCCGGGGGGCCAGGGCAGAUCCUGCUGCGGUGUGUCCAGAGCAUGCCCCGUGAGCCAGAGCAGGCUUACAACAGCUGUUACAGUGGAGGCGUUUUCCAGCUGCAGCGUGGGGACCAGCUGAGUCUCCGGGUGCCCCGGGCCAACGCGUCGCUAGAUCUCAGCCCGCAUGGGACGUUCCUGGGCCUGGUCCGCCUGUAGAGGGCCGGCCACCCCCCCGCCCCCAGGAGAGGAAGGGACCCAGGCGUCCGGGGAGCUGCAGAGGGACUCGGCUAGAAAAGGGACCCAGGCGUCCGAGAAGCUGCAGAGGGAAUCAUCCGGAAGGGACCCAGGCAUCCGGGGAGCUGCAGAGGGAAUCGUCCAGAAGGGACCCAGGCGUCCGGGGAGCUGCAGAGGGAAUCGUCCAGAAGGGACCCAGGCAUCCGGGGAGCUGCAGAGGGAAUCGUCCAGAAGGGACCCAGGCGUCCGGGGAGCUGCAGAGGGAAUCGUCCAGAAGGGACCCAGGCGUCCGGGGAGCUGCAGAGGGAAUCGUCCGGAAGGGACCCAGGGGAUCUGCAGAGGGACCAGGCCAGAAGGGACCCAGGCAUCCAAGGAGCUGCAGAGGGACUCAGCCGGAUGGAUCCCAGGGGACCUGCAGAGGAGAGCUGCAGAGGGACCUGGCCAGAAGGGACCCAGGUGCCCGGGAAAAUCCCAGGGCUGUGAUUUUGGGGUCUCAUCAUUGGGGCGGGUGCAGGACUCCACCCUGACCACCAGGGGGCACCCCCGAGGACAGCCUGAACCGAACCAAAACUUUGUGAAGGUGGCGAAUGGGGCAUGGUGAACAAACAUGCCCAGGGGAUGGGCGACUGGGAGCCUGGACUCCUGGGUUCUCUCUUCAGCUCUGAGUGGGGUCUAGUGGCUUGGAACAAGGGCAGGGGAGGAGCCAGGACUCCUGGGUUCUUAUUUGGCUUUGUCCGAAGCCCGGCAGCGACAGGGAUACAGACCACUCGGCCGGUCUGGGAGGAAGGGACCCAGGCAUCCGGGGAGUUGCCAAGGAACUCAGCUGGCCUGGGAGGAGCCACAGGGGGGCGUUAAGAGGACACAUCCCGUUUGUUACAGUCCCGGGUGGGAGCAGGGGAGUGGCGGGGGGCUGGGUUCGCCUGGGGGCUCUGCUGUGGGU